UAGCCUCCCCUCCCAUGUUCCCUUAGUUGUUACUCCAUUAAAUGCAUUCACCUUACACUUCAAAUCUCUCUCUCUCUCUCUCUCUCUCUCUCUCUCUCGUAGGACAAAUCAUCAACCAAUCAUCUUGUUUGUUCUUAUCUCCACAUGAUAUUGAAUGUGUAGCAAUCUAGAAUCACAUGGUGUCCAGCCCUCUAUAUGGUUCCCUAGACACCCAUGAACAACUUGUUCUUCCCUAUAUACAUAGAAAAACCCAAGAACCCCAUGUGGGUCUUCUUUAACCUUUUUGUCAUGAGGGUGAUCAGAAAGUUGGGAAGCUAUGGAGCAUACUGAUCAUUGUAACCCCCCUGAGUCCUCCUCUUCUGAUACCAAACCUGAGGACCUCUUGGAGGAAAGUUGGUUCUUUGGGAAUCCACUUGAUAAGAAUACAAAGAAGGCUAUAUUGAGGUGUUACUCUGUUCCUUGUCCUUCUUCCUCAAGCUACAGCCAAGAAAUGCUGGCCAGUAACUCAUCUGGUGGCGAUGAUCACUCUUUAUCAACGAAGAAAGUGUCCUCCGAAGGUGGCUUUGAUCAUCCGCCACCGUCGCCACCACCUUGUACGGUGGCGAGGGAAGAAGAAGUAAGGAAAGAGAAAGCCAUCAUGAGUAAGUCUAUUCUGGAAUUGCGGGAGCAAAAUCUGCUCCGGGCACCAUCUCUGCCGCCUGGUAUAGGGAGGGAAGAAGAUGUUGAAAGUGAUUUUGCUUUGAGCAAAUUGAUUAGGCAAGCAUCUCUCAAUUCUACCGAUGUGUUGCCGCCCAGGCGCAAUUCAAAGGUCAUGAAGCAAACUUCUGUUGUUUCAAGGCACCGAGAGCGAAAAAAUCCAGAACCAGGAAGCAUUGACAUGGAGGCUUGCAAUGAUAUGAGGCGUCUGUGCUUUGAUCAAAACAGGAUCAGGAGGAAAAGUGGAAGUGAUUUUGAAUCCACAGAAGUGAGAAGAUUCAAGGAGUUGGGUUUCAAUUUUGACAAAGGGGAUUCAAACCCAAGUGAAGAUAGGAGCUCUGCACCUCCAAUUCCGAGCUGGGUUGACAGCAAGAGCUCAUCAGCAGAAGAUAUGAAGGCACAGAUCAAGUUCUGGGCUAGAGCUGUGGCUGCUAACGUCCGCUGAGAUUAUCAAAUAAUUCAGGAUUUAAGGCUCCGUUUGGUUUGUUUCCAUGUAAAAUAUUUUUCAGAAAACAAAUUUCAAACUUAUAUUUUUCGGUGUUUA